UUUUCAGUUCUUGGUAUCCUGAACAUGCAAUUUUUUUUUUUUGUCCACAGAAGCAACAGGAGAAAUGCCAGAAAAAGAGAAGCAGCCAUAUUAAGUCCCAACACUAUAGUCAAGAUGUCCUUCGACCUUGAGAAGGACUCUUCAGAUACGGUGGUAGAGGCUGGAGAACUUCGCAAACUUCUGGAAUGGGAGUUGAGCCUUGACUCUGGGGACCUUCGUUCUCAUGCUUGGUACCAUGGCACCAUUCCCCGGGCCCGUGCUGAGGAGGUGGUUCUCAAAGAUGGCUCUUUCCUCAUCAGGGACUGUAUCUCCCAGCCUGGUGACUUUGUACUGACCUGCCGCUGGUCUGCACAGACACUCCACUUCGUCAUACAAAAGACAGUAGUGCAACCCAACACAGUUUAUGAAAGGAUACAGUACCAGUUGGAGGAUGAUGCCUACGACUCUAUCCCUGACCUGGUGAGGGCAUACGUUGGUGGCAAAAAACCUAUCACAGUCUCAUCUGGUGCCCGCAUCUCAACACCUGUCAAUCGCACAGCACCAUUGAGUUUUUAUGCUUCUAAGUAUGCUGCUCAGACUGCCCACACCUUCUCACAUGGUACUCUUAGCCGACCAAUUAACAGAUCAUCUGAACCUAUUCCUGGGGGUGGCAUGAUAGGUGGGAGUAUGCUAAGGCACCAGCACUCAUAUAGCAGCCCUGUAGGUGUGGGCUGCACCAUAGUGAGGAGCCCUGCUCACUCUCCACCCAGGAUGAGACGAGACACAGCACCAACAUUGCCCAUUAAAACACGGAGCAGCAGUACGUCAAGACCCCCAGAUGAGCCACCUGAAGGAGUACCUAGCAGGAUUGAUGAGAAAAGUUGCAGUAACGAUGGAGUAAUUGGCUCUCGACCAACUGCUGAGCAAAAUAAAUUCACCUCACAGUCAUUACCACGGAAAAUGGCACAAAAAUCUUUUACAAUAGCCUCAGAGCAUCUGGCAAGUUUGUCUACAGAAAUGGGUCUUGGAGUCCACGAGGAAGAUAAACCAUUAGAAAAAUUAUCAGAGGAGGAACCUCCACCAAAACCUUCACGUGUUCCAUCUGUUAAAAUUAAGCCAAAGCCACAAACAAGUAUUAAUGAACGAUUAUAUGCCGAGAUAGAUGAGCUUGAUGAAGAUGAAAUGAAAGAUUUAAAAAUACAAUCUUCAGCAGAUGAUGUAAAAACUCCUACAGGAAGUAGUGAAACAGACAACAAUUUUAAAAAUAGUGAAGAUGUGACAGCAUGUACUGACACAACAUCGACUCCCCGACACUCGCGCUUGUCAGAGAUGUAUCAGCCCUCGGGUUCAGAUUCUGGUAAUGGUUCUGGUGACUCAGUACAAACAUCUGCCAGUGAUGCCAGGAAUCGAGACAGUCAAACCUCCUUUGGUGACAGUGGCAGUGUACAGCUGGAGGAAGACUCAGUGGUAGACGAACCUGUGCUUUUUACUUUACCCGAGUUGAUUUCAACCUCAGCCUUUGAUCUAGAGAACUUUAAUACUCUCCUUUUAAAUUCUAUUGAAAAUAAACCACUUGAUGCCACUGCUCUCAAGGGAGUCAAGAAUACACUUCUAGAGAGUGGGUCCAGAGUAUUAGCAGCUCACCUAACUCGAGUUGACCUGGAGUUACUAAAUGGAACAAGUGAAACUGACCUAGGGCUUGGAGUGACAUCUGGCAUCGAGCUGGUCACACUACCUCACGGGGCACAGCUUAGGACAGACCUCAUAGAAAGGUAAAAACUGUUAAUAGGC